AAGUCAAUCAACAGUCAGUCACUGAAGCCGCGCACACGUGGCUCCACGGACUCGCUCGCCGACCUAUGGGCUGCUGCGUGUACACGUACGUACGUAUGCAAGUAUACAUGCGUGUGUCUAUGCAGCAGGCUUACUUAGUGUCUACGCAUUUGUCAACAACGUGGCCUAUCUCUCUCUUUCUCUCUUCGCUCCACACGUUCACAGAGACAUGUAUUGCUCAAAUCCUGCUGCACUCCAGACCACACAGUCUCGGCCACACUGUCUCUCAGUUCAGGUGUGGGCGAUGGUCUCGAGCAGUAUCUCAUAAUGCGACGACAGGGGCGUCCCGUCAUGCACAUGACGCACAGCACGACACAACACCGGCAAAUCCGCUUCCCUGCAACCAGACACCACCAACACAAAGACCGAAUGAGCACUCUUCUCACAGCCACCACAGAUCUGACGUGGCUGCUGACCUGCUGACAAACUUGGCAACAUAGAGCAAGAGGUUGCGCACUCAGUGGCCGCCGCUUGACGCCCCGACCCAGCACAUGACGACGCAUCACGGCCGCCAGCGACUCCUCUCCAUUCAGCUGCGGCACGAAAGGUGACGGAAAACUGUUCUGCAGCCAGCCCUCGUGAGACUGGAUGGCCACAGGGAUGAGGUAGAAGAGAACGUCCAGAUCGGUCGUCUCGCGGCCCUCGACAGACACAGGCUCGGUGGUGGCGAUGAGGGACGCGUUGCUGGCUGGGGCAGGCAGCACAAACAGACUAUCGGACGUCGACUGAAUCAAGAUAUGCAGACGUGCAGCAGAAGUGGAUGUCCGCACGAGUAACUUGCUUCACGUGUUGUGCUAUGGCGUACCUGUACGGCUUGCUUGCUCAUGUGGAAGGCCUCGAGGGCGAUGUCAUUGCCUUUACUGACGGUGGCCACGCGGACACGAACACCUCCCCCUCCUCCCUGCCGUGUCGCUGUAUGCACCGCCGCUGCAGCAGCGAGGCGGUGAUGAUCUUCUCACUGCUGCCCACGGGUGUCUGCUCGUCGCGGCUCGUGAAGAUCCAGCCCACCAGCCGAAGAACGAGCAGCUCGGCGACUCUGAAAAGAAAGAGAGAUAUUAAAGUGAGAAGAGAGCCACGUACGUCGCGUGGUUCUUGUUGUCUGCUGACCUGUCAGCACUGUCAAGUUCCCUGUUUGAGGACAAGAGCUACAUCCACGCACAAACACGCACAUAGAUCCUGCCGUUCAACUGUCUCGGCACACACCGACCUGGUCGAGGUCGCAUUCCUCCCCCUCUCUCCAUGCCAU